ACAUCACAUCACCUGCAUCCAGUCCUGCGCACGACCCCUACCAUCAACAAACGGCACGACGUGGCUGACAUGCAGGCAGCUGCGUCUGUUGUCGCGAUGGCAGGGGUCUAUGCUUUCAUGUUCCGAGCUCCUCGUUGACCCUUCGCUCUCGUGUCUCGCUUCACCUCCCCCUCUGCACCUGUGUUCGGUGUACUGGACAAGAUGCACCAUAUGCGCGCCCUUGUGAGCGCUGUCCACCGCCCAAUGCGUGUGGCGCUGGGACAGCCUCCAACUUGUUUGCGUCUGGCAACUCUGGCAGCGCGGCAGACCCCCAUCGCAGCCCGCCUCCCGUUGGGCGCCUUGCCCCUCCCUCUCGUUUUCCGUUGGUUCGCGAAGCCCAUGCUCCUCAGCCAGCUUCGAUACCGAGGCGUAGCGACAGAUGCGCGCGCCGACGCCGCACCAGCAGCGGACAGCUCCCAAGCAGGCGCCGGACCAGAGCCGCCCAAGAAGAAGCGAUCCCGGGCGGUGGAGUUUGUGGAGGCGACGAAACGGCUGCGGUGGUACUGGAAGGUGCUUAUCGUCCUCUUUGAGCUUACCAUCAUCGAGUACCUGGCCGACAAGUUCUUCCUCGGCGGCACCGAGUAUCGUACCGUCGUCGCCUGUGGGACACUGGGCCGCAUCGCUCUCGAUUACAAGCUGCACUAUGGCCCGGCCUCGUGGCUCUCGCGCCACGACGACGAGGACCUGCACCAGCGCAACGCGCAGCGUCUUUGCACCAUGAUGAAGUACAACGGCGGCCUCUACCUCAAGGGUGGCCAGGCGCUGGCCAUGCAGGGGAGCAUCCUCCCCCGCGAGUACCAGCUCCUGUUUGGCGAAAUGUUUGACGACGCCCCGGCCGCGUCCUGGUCUGAGAUCCGCAAGGUGAUCGAGGCGGACUUUGGCGGGCGCAGCGUCGAGGACGUGUUUGGGGACGGCGCAUUGGCCCGCUUCGAGCAGGAGCCGCGCGCUGCGGCCUCUAUCGCCCAGGUUCACUACGCCCGCCUCGCCGAUGGCACGCCUGUCGCUGUCAAGGUCCAGAGGAAGAACAUUGCCAAAGAGAUCAAGUGGGACCUGUGGGUUUCGAAGCUCAUGUUCGACUACACGGCGUGGUCCACCGGGUUGCCCAUGGCCAAGGUGGGCGAGUUCCUGGAGAGGUGCAUCUUGCCCGAGAUCGAUUUCGUGCACGAGGCUGAGAACGCCGACAAGCUGGCCCGCCUGGUCGCCGACGACGAGAGCUUGCGGGGGCGCGUCCAUGUCCCCAAGGUCUUCCACGAGCUGUCCUCGGAUAGGGUGCUCACGACAGAAUGGAUAGACGGCACGCAGCUAUGGGACAAGGACGUCAUCCAAGCACCGGCGCCCCGUCCGGGCAUGACCAAGGGCGAGCGUACCGGUCUCGGGCUGCGUCUCAGCGAUACCAUGGAGACGGUGCUGGAGGUCUUUGCCAAGCAGUUCUUCACCUGGGGCUUCGUCCACUGCGAUCCGCACCCGGGCAACAUCCUCGUUCGACAGCACCCCAAGGAUCCCAGCAAGCCUCAGGUCGUUCUUCUGGACCACGGCCUAUACGUCACCAUGUCCCCGAGCUUCAGGUCCCAGUACGCUCGGUUCUGGAAGGCCCUCGUAACGGACGACGAUGCGCUGCUGGCACAGGUGGCGCAGGAAUGGGGCAUGGAAAGCCCCGAGGCAUGGGCCGACGCCACUCUGAUGCGACCCUUCAAGGAGAAGCCGAAUGCGCAAGGACAACCGUUUAACCGCCAGGCCGAGACGUCGGAGGAGCGUCAGCAGCGCAUGAUCGAGGAGGCACGGGCCUAUCUGGGAGACGAGGACGUCUUCCCGCGGGAGAUGCUGCUUCUGGAGCGGGCCAUCACCAUCCUCCAGGGGAAUAAUAGGUUUCUGGGGUCGCCCGUCAACCGUAUCAAGCUCCUUGGCAAGCACGCCGUGCUCGCCGUCCGGGAAGGCGGUUUCGGAGAGGCCACCACGGCGGACGCCCUCCGCACCCGUGUGGCUCUGUGCAAGCUGGACCUGGCCUUCUGGUGGAGUCGUGUGCGGCAAUACUUUGGGUAUGGGUCUGGGUUCGAGGAGGAGAUCAAGGAGGCGGAGGAGAGGCAGAUGCGCGAGACCAAGGACGUCAUUGCUGAGCUCCUGGGCAUCGUCGUGGACUAAAUUUGACUAGCGUUCACCAAGCAUCUACGUUCAUGUCCUAAACGACAAUUGUGCUUCCGGGGCCACCCUUUCCAACGACGCCUAGAGGCUGAAUAAGACACAGCUAUUGUAGAAUUAGG